AUGUCUGAGGCAGUGGAAACUGGAAAAGAGGAGUUAGAGGAACCAUCAUGGAAUGAGAAAACCCUGCAUGGGAUAUACCACCGACAGAUAACUAAAGUGGCAGAUAUGAACAUGUCCUCCCAAUGGUUAGAGAGGGCUGGACUGAAAGACAGCACAGAGACGCUAAUCAUGGCAGCACAGGAGCAGGCCUUGACCAGCAGAGCAAUGGAGGGUCAGAUAAACCACACCAGGCAGGAUCCUAGCUGCAGAUCGUGCAAAGAGGCCCCUAAAACAGUCCAACACAUAAUUGCAUGGUGUAAGAUACUGUCAGGAAAAGAAUACAUGGCAUGCCAUAACCAAGUAGCCGGUAUAGUGUACAGAAACAUCUGUGCAGAGUAUGGACUGGAGACCCCUGGAUCGCUAUGGGAAACACCUCCCAAGGAGGUGGAAAAUGAGAGGGCUAAGAUCCUGUGGGACUUUUGGAUACAAAACCACCGGGCCGCCAACCGAGCACUUAUGUCAAACGCGACGUUCACCUCCAAUGCUACGGGAGAACAACAUUUCUGUCCCCUGCUACAGCUUAUGCAGGAGCAUGCCCUUAACAACCAGACCAAAACGAACUGGAUAGUGGUCUGCUUCCAUGGACUCGUCUCCUGUUUGGGGAUUUUGGAGAAUGCUCUGAUCCUUUGGGUGGUGGGCUUCCGUCUGCAACGCCGUACUGUGGCCUCUGUCUGGGUGCUCAAUCUGGCCAUGUCUGACUUCCUGGCCACCUUGACACUUCCUUUCUUCACCAUCUACCUCGGCUCCUCCCACAGUUGGGAACUUGGCAACGCCCUCUGCAAAAUACAAGCAUCCAUCUUUUUCUUGAACAUGUUUGUUUCCGCCUUCCUGCUGGCAGUCAUUUCACUGGACCGCUGCGUUCUUGUAAUCAAACCGGUGUGGUGUCAGAAUCAUCGAUCAGUGGCACGAGCAUGGAAGGUUUGCUUGCUGGCUUGGCUGUGGGCAGCAGUUAAUACAUUCCCUUACUUCCUCUUUCGCUCAGUGACUGAGACCGUGGAUAAAAGGAAACUGUGCUAUCACAAUUUUGCCUUGUAUCAAACAUCAGAAAACACCCUUGAGAGUGACUGUGAGGUGAGACAAACAGCCACAGCUCUCUCAAAGCUGCUGCUGGCUUUCCUAAUUCCCCUCAUGGUGAUUGCUGGAAGCUACAUCCAAAUCGCUCUGAGUCUGAAGAACAGGAAUCGGAGGAGGAUGCAGCAGAGUGUCAAGUUAAGUGAGGCUUUGAUUGGAUCAAAUAAUAAUGAGACAUCAGGAAAUACAAUAUCCUUGUCUCCAACCACCUCAUUUAGUAUCAACAAUCACAAUCAGCUGUCCCACAGCUUCACCAAAAUGGUGACAUUUGUGAUUGCGGUAUUUGCUCUUUGCUGGGCUCCCUAUCACAUCUUCUGCUUGAUUGAGGUGUCAGCCCUGUAUUAUCGGGAAAACCUUAAAGUGGUAGAGGUGGGAUUGCAUUUAGCUACAACAAUUGCAUUCUUAAAUCCAGUGUUGAAUCCUAUUUUGUACGCCUUUAGCUGCCCGCACUUUUGUGUGAGAAUAAGACAAAGCCUGGGAGCUGUCUUCGAUGGACUCGUUGAGGAGGGAGGAGGAAAACGGUUGGCUCCAAGACUUAGUAAGCAUGCACAUAGGAGGAAUGAAAACAGCCAAGUUGCUCACUUUACUACACCAGGAUCACCAAGGACUCCACAUUCCCCUCAGACAUUGCCUGAUCCUCACCCAAACUAA